CCGGGACGUCGGGCGGACUGUGUGCCUGCGCUGAGGAAGGGUGCGUGUCCCCAGUGUUCGCUCCGGUCGCCCGGUUAGGAAUACGCCUAACGAACCCGGUGUAAUAUUGAAACGCCAGCAAGGACUGUGGUCUAAGAAGAGUCAUGGUUUGGCAUCGCUUAUACCAUUAGUGUCUUAGCGUGCAAGUUUGAUUCAUUGAGCUAGUGGCGUUAGCCCGCUUCGUUGAUUCAUAGCACGCUAGGUCGCUAGCUUUAGUCCUGUAGCAUACCUGCUAGCCGGCUAGCUAGCUAGCUAGUAAGCUAGUUUCAGUGUACUUCUGGUCAAUCCAGUGGAAUAGGAGAGAACCAGACUGACUGCUGAACCCAUCCGCUAUUUCUGAAAGAGGAGGUGGGGCAGGCGGGGGCCGGGAGAACGCGACGGAGUGGAAGUGAGUCAGGAGCGGCUGAUGAGUUCAGAUCAGAGCGGAGAGCCGCCGCUGCUGCAGGAGGAGGCUGAUCCCGGACCGAAGACCGGUGGGAAGGACGAGGCUCCGCUGGGGAGCGAGGGAGGGUCAGGCGGCAUGGUCACCUCUAAGGGCGCCGGUCUGAACCCAAAUGCCAAGGUGUGGCAGGAGAUGCCUGUGGCCCCCAGCGAGGCUGUUGCCAACAGCCCUCAUUGGCCCCCCUCAGACAUCAGUGAGGGUUAUUCUGAGCCUUCGUCUGUCGGGUGCAAGCAGUACACUGUGGGAUUCCCAGCCGUGGAUGACAGCAGCUCCACAGCAACAGCUGAGAUAGCAGUAAAUGGAAUGGACCCUCCAGAGUUGGGCUUUCCCCCUGCUGAGUCCACCACGGGGACCUCAGUGGAGUCCAAAACUGAAGAACCAUCUCCGAUCUCCUCUGAGAAUCUACGAGAGUCUCUGAAGAAGGAGCUGGAGUUUUAUUUCUCCAGAGAAAACCUCUCAAAGGAUUUGUACCUGAUGUCCCAGAUGGACAGUGACCAGUUUGUCCCUAUAUGGACUAUAGCCAGCAUGGAGGGCAUCAAGAUCCUCACCACUGACAUGGACCUCAUCCUGGAUGUGUUGAGAUCUUCUCCUAUGGUACAAGUGGAUGAGAAAGGGGAGAAAGUGCGUCCUAACCACAAGCGAUGCAUUAUCAUCCUAAGGGAGGUCCCCGAAACAACACCCGUUGAGGAAGUGGAGUCACUGUUCAAAAAUGACAACUGUCCAAAGGUGAUAAGUGUUGAAUUCGCACACAACAACAACUGGUACAUCACAUUCCAAUCAGACACAGACGCUCAGCAGGCAUACAAGUAUUUAAGAGAGGAGGUAAAAACAUUUCAGGGAAAACCCAUUAUGGCCAGGAUAAAGGCCAUCAACACAUUCUUUGCAAAGAAUGGCUACCGUAGCAUGGACAGCAGCCUGUACGCUCAGCAGUCCCAGAGCCAGUCCCAGUACAGCUCUCCGCUCUACAUGCAGCACGUCUACCCCCAGCAGCAGUACCCAGUCUACGGCAUCGUACCUCCCACCUGGACGCCUUCGCCCACGCCCUAUUUUGAAACUCCUCUGGCACCGUUUCCCAACAGUAGCUUUGUGAAUGGAUUUGGCUCUGCUGGACACUACAAAACUGGCUCCAGUUCUCUUAAUAUCACUCGUCCUUUCAACAGAAACCGAAACCAUGUAAAGCCCCAGGCGAGGACAAGUGAGGUGACCUCAGCAUCUAUAACUCCUGUCCCCUUGGAGAGUCUGACUGGAUUGCGCAGCCCGCAGCCCCCCGCUCCCGUUGUCGUUGCCGCCGCCACCACAAACCCAGUCCAGACAGCCUCUGACCUGGGCUCGGCGUUCUCACAUCUCUCCUCCUCUCCCUCGUCUUUGGAUCCCAGUGAUGACGGCAGCAUGGCUGGACGUGGAAGACGGAGCACAACCUACAGAGGAACACGGAGGAGGCGAGAAGACGAACGGAUUGCGAGGCCUGUACCGCUAGCAGAGGUCAAGGUUUCUCCACCCAAAUUUGACUUGGCUGCUACCAAUUUCCCACCUCUACCUGGCUGCGUGGUCAGUACACAGGGAGAACCGGUGCUAGAAAACCGAAUGUCUGAUGUUGUACGCGGUUUGUACAGGGACAAGACCGAACAAGCCAAUAAAGAAGCCACUGUGAGUCCAGGUUCAGGCCAACCCCCAGUCACAGAGGAUGCUGUGGCUGUCUCCAGUCCUGCCCUGGCAACACUGAAAUCUGCUACACAACCACUUGGACCCUCAACCCCUGGUAUCACUCGUCAGGAGAAGAGGGUUGAACGGGCAGAGCCUCCAGUUCCAAAAGUGGCUCCACGCACACCUGUUACUACCGUAAUCCCAUCCCCCACCAUACAACCCGUGCCUAGCUCCAGGCCUCAGCCCGCUGCUGUUGCUGCCACCUCCACGCCCUCAACUCCCAGCACGCCGGCCCCUGCUACAGCCACUAUUCCCACCCCUGCACAGGAGCCACGUAAGCUCAGCUACGCUGAGGUAUGCCAACGGCCACCCAAGGACCCUCCGCCUGCAGCCCCUGCCCCAGCUUCCACAGGCACCGCUUCGGGCCAGCCGUUACGUGAGUUGCGCGUGAACAAGGCUGAAGAGCUGGGCUCCAGCAGCGGUCCUGGAGACAAGCAAGAGAGAGGCCACGACAGGGAGGGGGGAUGGGAAUGCAAGGAGAGCCGACCACCACGUGAACGUGACUCUCAAGGCUACUACCGCAGCAAUGGGCCCAGAGGCACCGGGGGCCUCAAGUUUCGGGACCAGAGGCGCCCGCCUCCGGCCCGACGCAGCUCCCCACAGGGAGGCUACAGGCACACUGGCAAAGAGCAGAAUAUCCCACCAGUAUCGCCAAAGUAAAAACUUGAUAUGAAUAGAAAAAAAGAUGUAUGAAUAUAUACAUGGAAUAUAUAAUUAUAUAAAAAUGAAUAACAUAAAAGCAACAACAUUAUGGUAGCCACCUCCCC